GGUAUUCCCACCCAGGACGUCUACUGGUUUAGCCCUAAUUAUUUUCGUCAUGCGUCAUACCAGAAAGGAUUGUAGCUUGGACCUUGUUAGCUCGAAUCCUUAGUGUUAGGUUUGAAAACAUUUCCACGCGCCCUGCGCUCAACAACUUCGGUCCCAUCCACGGUCCCAUCCACCGCCCACAUCACAAUACGAACCAGGGACUACUUCAGCGGAAAGAACCACGCGGAGGAUCUCUGUACGCUUUAUUGCACACACAGAUUCCUCACUGAAGCGUCACUACAUGGAUUACCAUCAACAUAUUCUGGGGAUGAUUCUGUCGUAACCUUUGGAUGGCAGACACACCAUAAGACCGUCUUAGCUGUUUUUAUGUUUUUGGAAGCGUUCCUUGUCCUGUCAAGUUCAGCUGUUUAUGUUCUCUUUCACGUCAAGGCUGGGUGUCGUCACAAAUACCUCACCUGUCCGAUUGCUGACUGUUUUGACAACGUUGUGUGCGCGGGAUCCCGAUGUUUUGGCGAACCUAACACAGCCAGCAUGGCCGUGCAGUCUCAGACCGCGCCAGGCCCCAGUUUGUUUGGUCGACUGUUUGGGAAGGGGAUAAGCGCUACCCAAGCGGAAAGUUUGUCUGGGAGAGAGUCCGGACAGGAGCACCCCGCCCAGAGGGGACCCAAACUGUCCUUCCUCAGACGAUGUAGAUCAGAAACGGAACAGACGCUCUCACCAAAGAUAGACUCGAUACAUAGUCGGAAAGAUUCGUCGAAAAAUAAGAAAAGUCUGUCGUGGCCUGCUUUGAAUGUUCGAGAGGAUGCCAAGACAUCGUCGGCCAUUUCUCAGACUCACAGAAGACACGGAGAGAAACAGGGAAGGAUUUCUUAUCGGGUUUCUGGCAAAGUCGAUCAUGGAUCGAGGACAUUCUGUGCGCCGCCAAACGAGUCGAUUAGAAACUGCAGUAAUAAGCCUCAACUGUACACACCCUCCCGCAUGUGCGAGGUGCCCGUGCAAUACUACCGAGACCUCCAGCGUGGUCUGCCGCCCGGACUUUACAUGAGACCACCGAAACCGCCCUCUUGGCACGGCCCGAGCCUGGACAACGAUAGCGCGAGUACAAGAGCUACCAGCCCUACAGAGAGCACAUCUGGACAAUCGCACAGACACGGUGACUUAGACUUUCAUGGUGCAAGAAAAUCGACACACGGACAGGGGAGUAGAAGUAAAUUAGAACAAAGUGCCGGAAAGUCAAAACUAGAACUGGGAGCCAGACCGAAAUCGUCCGCGGACCCUGUAAGGAAGUUCCCGCCUCAGCACAGACUGGUACACCGCGCUCGCAUCCGGCGCACGCGCAGUGAGUUCCUGAACGAGACAGAUCUCCCCGAUGGAGAAUUCACCGUCAGUUUGUCUGAGCUGGAACCCUCUGACUUCCGCCCGCAGAUCACUGCGCAUGCCCAGCAGGACGUGCGUGUGUACUGGGACGAGAACAAGCGGCGCUGUCGCCAGUGGCUGGCGGAGGUCAGUGCGCAGGCGUCGGUGCUGGAGGACGUACAGGAAGUGGAUGUAGAGGAGGACGGGGAUGAAAACUGGUCACUUCCGCCGAUUUCCUCCUCCUCGUCUACAUCGUCUUGAGCCAUGUGGUUUUAACGUACAGAUAAUUCUUUGUAACUAUGGCGGCACCAAACCACACCGACGUCACGUGGAGAAGAGUUAUUAAAGAUAGCUGUACGCUGAAGUAUUUUGUAAAUUAUACAUGUUCCUAAAGAUUUCUCAUCACUUACAUGGAUGUAACAUUGUUCACACACUGUAAAACAUUCCAAAUACAAAAUUUGAAGGUCAUCACAUGGAACCCUCUGAUAUGUU